AUUGACUCCCACAUGUGCAAAGAUGGCGAAGAUGAACCUCGUGCCGUCCCAAAAGCAGCUCUCGACAUCACCGCCAAUGAAGCCACGGACACGAGGUGCUGCACGCUAAAAUUCCGCCAUGGUUUUUGCGCGCCACAACUUCCCGUCGGCUUCCCAAUCAUCGUGCGGCUUCCGCCGUCUGGGCCAGCAAGGUUCAUGGGUUUAGCAAGACGCCGCAGAAGCAACAUCUGCGAUGAAAACUGCACGAAAGAAACAGUGAUGAACGGGGUUCAGAUGUGAGCCCCCUCGCCCGCCAGUCAACGAAGCUCGGCCCAUCCUUCGGGGCCGCUUCGGGUCCCGCCAAGCGACUGGCGUGGUUAAUCUUGAGCUGGCAUAUCCUAGCCUGGGCGGACCUGUCUUUCGGAUGGCUUCCGCGAGCUGGAGCCAGGGCGCUGGGACGAUUGGUGAGACCACUCGAGAUCACUCCCGACACAGUAAGUUGCCGGCACGGUGUGGCCAGCAAGUUGACGCGCGACGAGUCGCACCGAAAACUCGGGAAAAGCCUAGGCGAGUUGCUUAUUCCAACGUUUUGUUGUUUGUUCCUCGUCGAUACUUACGGAAUCCGUUCGACCGUCUCAAAAACACUCGGGCGAGCCCGCAAGCGGUUCCCAAAUGUCACGUCGGCGAGAGUGAAGAUGGUGUCACGCUCGGCGCGUGGUUGUCCUUCCCCAUAUCGACCCCCUAUUUGGCAUUGAAACCGGUGCUCGUAAUGUCGGCAGAUGGUGGUUCUGCACGAAAUACCACGCUGCGCAACACUAAAAAAAAUCGUGAGUUGCUCUCGGCGACGGCAGCACCGGAGCUUGCCAAGCCGUUGGAGCUUGGGGGGUUGACCUUGGCGUUGCGGGGGGUCUCCGUAUCUCACAGCAGCUGGUGCUCGGCGAGAACUGGGUUUGGGGGGGUUCGGGCGGGACCUUAUCUGGCGUGUCUGGCUGGUCUGCAGCGUGGGGUCGCCACCACCAGCUCCUGCGAGGAGCCGAAGACGGCGGUCCCAUGGUUGGCCUUGGUGGCGGAGGGUUCCCCGGUGCCAAGACGGCAACCACUGCUUGGUGGUGGUGUGCUGACGGUGCGUCGUGCUCGCGGCGCUCUUUGGCACUUGCUAGUCCAACUGUAGUAAGCGAAGGAUGUGAUAUCAAUGCAGCAUGGCCUUGCGAGCGCACACGCAGCUUGCACCGAAAUUUGAGUGCGAGGCCGGUAUCGCAAAUCAUAGCCGCCUCGGUGUAGUCGUCGCUACCGCGAGUACACUGUCCAGACCUGUAGUGUGUCUUGAACGAUACUCGGUAGUAUGACCUCGGUCA